UGGCAAGUAAACACCAGCAUACACACAUACCCUGGAGACCUCUGCGCCUCCUUCUGAAAACAACGCCUACUGACACGCUCACAGGCAGCAAGAUCUUUAUGAAACAUUACAGCGAGACUCGUCUGACGAUCAACGCUGAGCAGCUUAUCCAGAGUGAAAAGCUUAAAGGUGGGGGUUUUGCAGCGGUUUGUUUAUCCUGACAAUGCGUCCACACGGGUCAAAAAGCGUAUUGGGAGUAGCAAUGUUGGUUCUGCUGGCAGGCUGUCAACAAUGUGUCUCAGCUGACAGUGAUACUUUGGCUCCACCAGAGGUCUCACAGCACAAUGGCAGUCUGUAUGCAGCCUGCAAAAUGAGGCCCAGCACCUCACUACCUGAGGAUCUGCCCAAAGUGUACGGUCAGAUGCUGUUUAAGCAGGAUUAUCCUCAGGGAAAACUCAAAGUCCUUCUUCGGUUCAGUGGUUUCCCCAGAGAGGGUGAUGCAGAGCCCAGAGCGUUGCACAUCCAUCAGUACGGAGACCUGAGCCAGGGGUGUGACUCCACUGGCGGCCACUACAAUCCACAUGGUGUAAAUCACCCCUACCAUCCUGGAGACUUUGGUAACUUUGAGCCCCAGCAAGGAAAAAUCACUGCAGCGAUAGAAUCUGAGGCAACACUGUUUGGAGGGAUGUCUGCGAUUGGAAGAGCAGUGGUGCUCCAUGAAAAGAUAGAUGACUUGGGUCAAGGUGGAGACGCUGGGAGCCUUCUGCAUGGAAACGCAGGCCGGAGGCUUGGCUGCUGCAUUAUUGGGAUUUCCUCCCCCAAACUCUGGAAUAUGCACAGUAAGCUGUACAAUAGGCAGCUGACGAGAAAUUAGUCUUACAGUAGUGGCAUAUACUGUAGGUCAGCUUACUGAUUUACCCCUUUGUAUUCAUUGCACUCCUUGAAUGAUACCAAGAAAAAUCAGUGACUCCCAACAAAUCCCCAUUCUCCAAACAUUCUGGUCUGGGCCAACUUAGUUUAUGUACUUACAGUUACUAAGAAUAAAAUAUAAUGAUUCAGAUGCUACAUAUUUUUAGCCAUUUAGUUUUGCUAGAGGUGCAUUUAGUUGGUCGGUCCACCACUUUGAUCCAGAUUAAAUACUUUUAUAACUACUGUAUAGGGCGGGGCGAUACGGCCAAAAAUGUUAUCAUGAUAAACUGUUCCAUGUCUUUCGAUAUCGAUAAUUAUCACGAUAAGUAUCAAAUUGUUAUUUCUCUAAAGCUUAAAGGCUGAUUUUUGCUCUUGAGUGAAAGUUGAAGAAACCUGAUGGUUAAUUGGGGUUUAAACUCUUUUUUAUGGUCAACACUUGAUGCCAAACAGUGAAUCACUUCACAAAUCUGAGGUAGAACAUUCAAAACAAUUAUCAUAAAAUCUUUACCAACAAAUAUGCAUUAUGUAAAAGUAAGUAAAAGCUUUUUCAGUCCUAUGUCCUCAACAAAAUAAACAAUGUUUAUUGAAUAUUUUUUAAACAUUUGUUAUAUUGUUAUUGAAAAAAAUGUAUAUCGCGGUAAUUAUUGUUUUAUUGUCCAGCCCUACUCCUGUAUGGGCUGCCAUGAAAUUUGGUAGACAUUCACUGUUCCUAGAAUAUUUAUUCCACAGACUUUGGUGAUCCUCUAACUUUUCCUAUAGCACCAUCAAGUCAAAUUUUCAAUUUGUCCAAUACUUAGUUUUAUGACCAUAUACUUGCAACGAAAUUGCAUCUUACUGAGCUGUAGGCUACUUUGUAUUUAGGUAGCAUAAAUGGUAGCAUGCUAACGUGCCAAACAAAGAUGGUGAACAAGGUAAACGUUACACCUGCAUGCAUCAGCAUAUUAACAUUGUCAUUUGAGAACAUGUUAGCCUGCAUUACAUACAGUUUAAAUCUUUACAUCCAGGGCAGCAUGUCACAAUAUACAGUAUCAAAUGGUUCAUCUCAUUUUGGAUUCUAUAUUUAAAAUGAAUGUUAAAAUACAGUAGAUAAAUGAUUUUGCAGAAAUAAAUCCAUUUUGCACAUUUCAAUACAUACAUACAUAUACAUACAUAUCCUAUGUCAUUUCUAUCUGGUGAGUUAAUAUUUUUCACCACAAAAACAUAAUCAAGACAUCGGUGCUGGUAAUCUAGAUGCUGUGGCUUUGUUGUGUUUCAGACGAAUAAGUUCUGUCAAUGUUUCAAUGCCAACUGACAAAUUAUUGUAAACUAAAAGCAUGGAUAAUAAAAUACAAUGCAAUUAUC